AUGAUCAGUUACUGGAGAGGGACACUGAAGUCUGCUGUCCAGUCUUCUUCGACACAUGAUUAUGUUAAGCUAAUGGACGAAUUAAAUCAAGGGAGUCGGAUUCUUGGUGAUGAUCAUCAUAACAUGCCUUGCGCGGCUGAGAACGCAGACUCCUCAAGGUCAAGAAUUUUGGGCAAUAAUAUACAUACCAACGGGAAUGGGAGGCUUUGCAUCGAGCUGAAGGUUGCCAAGGCCAAGUUGGUUGAUCAACAACAGAAACAAGAACACCCUCUUCCUCUUGUUGCGAAAGAGUUCCCUCACAUCUGCAACAUUUGCGAUAAAGGCUUUGGCUCUGGCAAAGCCCUUGGCGGUCACAUGAGAAUGCAUGUCCAAGCCAGAAACAAGGAGCUCCUCGAAAAUAUUCAGAACCCAAAGUUCAAGAAGCACCCCACUGCCGCUGAUGAUCUUUCCACUGCUCGUCGAGCCAAAACCAAUGCAAGCGUUUCAUUCAUCGGCGAACCCACUUGUUACGUUUGCGGUAAGAAAUUCCCGACCACAAAAGCAUUGUUUGGCCACAUGAGGUCUCAUCCUGGAAGGCCCUGGCGAGGAGUUGUACCACCUCCACCAGAUAAAACUAAAGCAAGCUCUUCGUCAUCGACCCUAUCGGAUGAUAAGAUUGGUUCUGCUAGUGCAAGUAUUACAUCUACAGAUGCCAUCGUUGUUAAUUUGUCAGGUUCUCUAUCGGCCUGGAAGGUCACUGGUAAGAGAGGCCGGAAAAGCAUCACGGCCUCCACCCGCUGUUACGGUACUUCUGGUCUUUCCCAGGGUCUAGAGGAGGGGAUGCAAGAAGCUAUCUACGAUCUCAUGAUGCUGGCUAAUUCCAAUCCAAACAAAAGAUUAAUUGACGACUCAGAUCCCCAGGUGGCCUUUGACAAUAUGGAUCCCCCAACAAACGCAAGGAAUUUAACAUGGAGGAACGAGAAGCUAAGCAGCCAUGAUGAACAUGUACCCAAAAAGAUCAACGACGACAAGGUGAACGAAAAGGCUACGCUAGAAACUGCUCCAUCAAAUGCGCAUUGGAAAUUAUCGCGGGAGGAUGGAGACUGGCGACCCAGAGACUACUUUUACAGGAACGGCGCUGCUCAUGAGCAUGAAGAUCAGUUGCAUCUAUACUAUUCUGAUAACAGUGAGCUAGUUUCUGACGAUGAGAUCUCGGGGAAAAUGAUGAUAAGGAAGGUCAGGAAGAAAAUCAGAAAGACUAUGAAUCAUAGUCACAUUAAUAAGGUUCCAGUAACAUCCAAUAUUAGAUCAUACAUAUGCAGUGUUUGCAAUAAAUCAUUCCCAACUCACCAAGCUUUGGGGGGUCAUAAGUCCAUCCAUAACAAAUUAAUGAAGUACAGGCAGACUAUGGAUGAAUCUCAUUUAGCAGCAAAUGACUCCACUACCGACGAUAUUUAUGGACACCAAGUGGAUGAUCAAACUCAUGUACUUGCAGCAGGCACGUACCGAUGCAAGAUUUGCAACAAGACAUUCCCAACAGGCCAGGCAUUUGUGGGUCACAAAAGAUGUCAUGUGGAAUUGCAAUCGAGUCAAUUAACUGAAGAAGCUAAAGCUCAAUCUAGUCAAGUAACAUCACCCGGAGAAGCCAGUCAGAUCACAGGUCGAAAGAUUUUUGAUUUUGAUCUCAAUGACCUUCCAGCUAUGGAGGUACUUGAAGAAGGUAUCGACGUUGAGUCAGUCUUGUAUGUACGUAUUUAA